UCAAAGAAUAUAAAAUAUAUAUAUCAAAAAAGAAAGAUCAAAUCCUAGCUUGAGACUCCUAAAAGAAAAAAAGAAAUUAAGAUGGGGCAAGAAGAUGAGAUGAUGAUUAUGAUGAGGAAAGGACCAUGGACAGAACAAGAAGAUGUUCAUUUGGUUUCUUUCGUUAACACGUUUGGAGACCGACGAUGGGAUUUCAUAGCAAAAGUUUCAGGUUUAAAAAGAAGUGGAAAGAGUUGUAGAUUAAGAUGGGUAAACUAUCUACACCCUGGUUUGAAAAGAGGCAAGAUGACUCCUCAAGAAGAAUGCCGAAUUGUUGAGCUUCACUCUAAAUGGGGGAAUAGAUGGUCUAGGAUUGCUCGAAAACUUCCAGGACGAACUGAUAACGAGAUUAAGAAUUACUGGAGGACCCAUAUGAGGAAGAAGGCACAAGAAAAGAAAAGGGCAUUGUUGUCUCCCUCUUCAUCAACGUCGAAUUCCACUUGCUACUCGUCCAUUUGUACUAGCAGUAGUCCUACUAGCGAUUCCAUGCCAAUGAUGGAAACCAACGAAAGAAGCUUUUAUGACACCGGGGGGUUAGAAAUGGUGGCUAGAACAAAUGGCAAAAACAAUACUAGUCCAAUGAAGAGUACCGCAACCAGUAUUAAUGAUACUAGUGAAGGAAUACAAGAUGGGUAUAAUUCAAUGGAUGAGAUAUGGAAAGAUAUAGAUUUAUUAGAAGAUGAUGGUAUAGGACAUGUUUUCGGUACUUGCUAUGAAAUAUCACCUUCUCCUAUAUGGGAUUACUCAUUGUGGAUGAUUGAUAGCCAAGAGGAGAUAGGAAGCAAUAUGUUUUUUCCCGACAACAAGCGAGCAAUUUAGCACAACAGAAUCGGCUAACAUAGUUACAUAUUGGUGUUAAUAGAUGCAAUAAAAUCUUUAGAUAAUUAUUUAAGUAUAUCAUGUAAUGUUACUUGUAUGAUUCAACAAAACCAAUCAACUAUAUAUGUUGUAAAUUACGUAUUCUUUCUCCAUCACAUUAUGUAUGUGUUUUCGAGUGAGAGAAGGAUACAAUGAUUUACAACAUAUUUAAUUAAUUUUUGUAUUAUAUCACCUAGAUAUAACAUAUGUAAGAAUGUACUUUGUAUUCA